AUCACUGUAGGCAUCGUCCACAAAUUACGUCACGUCCCUCUGUCCCUCCGCACUCACUGACAGUCCACGAGGAGCGACAAGGACAGAACUAUGAGAAACGUCACGUAAUAAAUGGACGAUCCCUUAUCUGUGUCGAUUAUCGAUGACCUGCCGCAGUGCGACGCAGUGCGCAGGCAGGUAGUGUUGACACCGGAACAGCCGGUUCGCUACACUGCAAGAGUUGUCUCGGCGAGCCGCGCAUCCGCGUAAGGCGGCCUGGUUCCGAAGGGUGGUCUCGCCGCUGUCUCUCUCGCACUCGUGGGGCGUCCCGUGGGGGUCACGAGAGAGACAGAGCCGACGCGACUCUUUGGACUGGGAAGGCCUGACCAGAGCUUCCCUCCAGUGUGGCUGCGGCUGUGUGGCGGCCAUGGCGCCCGUCUUCGAGAAGGUGUGGGAGGCCGCGGGGCCGGUGCGGGGCUGCGAGUCGCCGCACUGGGACGCCGAGGCGCAGUGCCUGUACUUCGUGGACCUGGUGGGCUGCAAGGUGGUCAAGUACCACCCGGCCUCCAAGCGGACCACCAGCGCCUCGUUCGGCAAGGCGAUGGUGAACUUCGCGAUCCCCGUGGCGGGCCGCGGCGACGCGUUCGUGGCGGGUCGCCACAGGAGCGUGGUGCUGUUCGAGUGGGACGGCGUGAGCAGCCAGCCGCGCCUCGUGCAGACGCUGGACGAAGUGCAGGCCGACGCGGAAGGCAAGGACCUGCACCUCAACGACGGCAAGGCGGACUACCGGGGCAGGCUGUGGUCGGGCACCAUGUGCGGGCUGGACCCCGGGCUGAGCGGCGGCGUGCUGUUCAACAUGGACGAGGACGGCAAGGCGCGGGUGCGGCGCACCGGCGUCACCAUGUCCAACGGCCUGGACUUCACCCCGGACGGCCGCACCGCCUUCCACGUGGACUCCUUCAAGAGGGUCGUCAACGUGUUGGACGUGGACCCCGACACGGGCGACGUCUUGGACUACCGGCCGCUGCUCUCCUUCGACGCGGUGCGCGUGCCGGGGCUGCCGGACCGCAUGCCGCCCGGCCUGGAGGGGCCCAAGUGGACGGUGCCCGACGGCGUGGCGCUGGACGCGGAGGGCAAGCUGUGGGUGGCGGUCUUCAACGGCGGCAUGCUCGUGCGCGUCGACCCGGACACCGGCGCCGUCAUGUCCACCCUGGCCGUGCCCGCCAAGCAGGUGACGUCGCUGGCGUUCGGCGGCGCCGACCUGGACGAGCUCUACGUCACGUCGGGGCGCUUCUUCAUGGCCGACGCCGACCUCGCCAAGCACCCCGACAGCGGCGCCGUGUUCAGGGUGACCGGCCUCGGCGUCAAGGGCCGCCCCGGCAGGCCCGUCAGGCUGUGAUGCCCGCCGCCUCCAUUUUCGAGAACAAUAAAGUGUGGGUGUGUGCGGGUGCGGGGACGACAGACUCA